AUGGCCUUAGUGAGUUCCUUUCAAACGAAAUCGAACGAGGAACGGAGUGUUAACACUCAUCAAAUGGAAACUGCUUUGGAAUUGUUUCGCUAUUUGCCGGUUACACUGUUUGGGCCGAGCAAGCAGGUGGAGUGCUACGCCUUUCUGGACGAUGGAUCCGAGUUGACGCUGUUAGACGAACAAAUUGCCUGUGACCUAGAGCUGUCAGGAGAGUCGAAACCGCUGUGUCUUAAGUGGACAGGAGGAACUCAUCGCUUCGAAGAAAAAUCGCGGAAGGUGGAUGUCGGAAUAUCCGGAUCGAAAGAAGAAAGAUUUGACCUUACUGACGUGCGAACGGUCGACGCACUUGAACUACCAGUGCAGAGCUUAAACGUCGAUGAGUUGAAGAAAAAGUACAAACACCUGGAAGGAAUUCAAGUUGAGUCUUACAAUCUCGCGAGGCCUAGAAUUCUAAUUGGUUUGAAACAUGCCAACGUUUCCUUGGUUCGACGUUGUCGUGAAGGAAAGUUGGGUGAGCCCAUUGCCGUAAAAACUCACCUGGGCUGGACGAUUUUCGGAGGCUGUUCGUCGCAGGGGUCAGCUGCCGACGGGAAGUACACUUACCACAUUUGUGCGUGUAAUCUGCAGAGCGACGAUCGAAUUCACCAAGAAGUUAAACAGUACUUUAGCCUAGAUAGCUUGGGAAUCGUGUCGCCGGUAAGUUCUCUGAUGUCAAGAGACGAUGAAAGGGCGCUAUCGUUGUUGAAAUCUUUCACACGAGUCGCUGAAAAGAAGUACGAAACGGGCCUUCUCAGACGUUUCGAUACUAUCCGUCUGCCUGACAGCCGUCCGAUGGCCAUUCAAAGGCUAAACUGUCUCCAAAGGCGUCUAUCAAGAGAUGAUGAUCUUAAGCGUGCCUUCACUGAUAAGUUGGCAGAAUACCAAACCAAAGGUUAUGUAAGGAAGGUUAACCCAGAGGAACUCGUUCAUAAACAGGGGCAGACAUGGUAUCUUCCCACUUUCCCGGUGAUAAAUCCCAACAAACUUGGGAAAAUCAGGGUCGUGUGGGAUGCAGCCGCUUCCGUGCAUGGAGUAUGCCUCAACUCUGUUUUGCUCACAGGGCCGGAUAUGAUGACCUCUUUGGUAUCAGUUCUGCUACAAUUCCGAGAACAUCGUAUCGCUAUAUGUGGAGAUAUUCGCGAGAUGUUUCUCCAGAUAGGAAUUCGACCCACCGAUCAGUUCUAUCAACUCUUUCUGUGGUGGGAUGAUACUGAACAGCAAGAGCCGAGCACGUUCGUCGUUGAAGUCAUGAUUUUUGGAGCACGUUCAUCGCCAACCACGGCACAGUUCGUGAAAAAUCAUAACGCUCAGCGUUUCGAAGCCGAGUAUCCAGCAGCAGCCGUCGCUAUAAUCAAUAACCACAAUGUGGACGACAUGCUUGCAAGCACUGAGACGGAAGAAAAAGCCAUAGAACUCGCGAAGGCCGUGAAAUUCAUCCACGCCCAAGGGGGCUUUGAAAUACGGAAUUGGACUUCCAACUCCUGUAGAGUUCUGAAAGCCUUGAACGAAGAACCUACUGAAGAGAAGAAUCUAAACUUAUCAGCAGAGACGGCAACGGAGAAAGCUUUGGGGAUGUGGUGGAACACAUCGACGGAUUGUUUCAUGUUCAAGAUCUGCUAUCGACGUUUAGAUGCUGCGCUAUUUGAUGGGAGUCGAGCUCCAACCAAGCGAGAAUUGCUUCGCAUCAUAAUGACAGUUUUUGACCCGCUCGGUCUCAUAUCGCAUUUCUUGAUGAUUCUCAAGGUUACUCUUCAGGAAGUAUGGCGAAUCGGAUUGAAAUGGGAUGAGCAAAUCACUGGAAAGCAGUUCGAAAGUUGGAAAUCCUGGGUUAAAUUGCUGCCGAAACUGGAAGACAUUCAAAUUCCUAGAUGUUUUCAUCACGCGACAUCGAUCGGGGAUCAAACCCGAAUCCAGAUGCAUACGUUCGUAGAUGCAGGUGAAAACGGUAUGGCAGCGGUAGUAUAUCUGCGCUUCGAGGAAGAUGGUUUAGUAGAGUGCGCAUUGGUUGGUGCGAAAACACGCGUAACUCCUCUAAGAUACCUGUCGAUCCCACGAUCGGAACUCCAGGCAGCGGUCAUCGGAACGAGGCUAGCUAAUACUGUAACUAAAUCACUUUCCCUUCGGAUAUCACAGCGCUAUUUCUGGUGCGACUCCCGAAAUGUUCUGUGCUGGCUGCGAUCCGACCACCGUCGAUACAGCCAGUAUGUGGCCGCUCGAGUUAGUGAAGUGCUAGACACUACGGAAAUAGAUGAGUGGCAUUGGAUUCAGUCGGAGUGGAAUGUUGCCGACGACGGUACAAAAUGGACAGGACAGGUGGAGCUGAAAAUUGAAGAUCGCUGGUUUCUGGGGCCGGGAUUUUUGAAAGGACCGGAGGAAAGCUGGCCAAAACGCAGUUUUAUUAGGGAAACAACUGAUGAAGAGAUUCGGUCAAGCGCACUAUUCCAUGGUAAAAAUGCAGAACCGGAUGUUAUGGCAAGUAACUAUUCACGAUGGAUGCAUCUAGUGAGAGUAACAGCAUAUGUACAACGCUUCGUGGAUAACGUUCAGUCCAAGCGAAAGAAAAUACCACAGCGUAGCGGACCACUAACGAAUGACGAACUUCGACGGGCCCAGGAAUACCACUUUCGCCAGGCACAGCGAGAUGCUUACGCAGAGGAGCUAAGGCUGUUGGGAGGUUCUAAUAACGAGGGGGAACGAAUAACGCAGGUUACAAGUAGCAGCAAGAUUCACAAGCUGAGCCCCUUUUUGGACCCGGCAAAUCAUUUACGAAUGAACAGCAGGGCCGCGAAAUGUAUAUUCCUAUUUCCAGAUGAAAAGUACCCAAUCAUACUACCCGAUGAUCAUCCCGUCACUCAUUUGGUGCUCGCCGAUUUUCAUGAAAGGUAUCAUCACCGAAACUAUGCUACGGUUGCGAAUGAAGUUCGCCAAAGAUUUUGUAUUCCACGUUUGAGACGAACGCUUCGUAAGAUGAGACACAGGUGUCAAUGGUGUCGGAACCGCGAUGUAAGUCCGGUGCCACCAGAAAUGGCUGAGCUUCCUCAAGCCAGGUUGGCUGCGUUCAGCAGACCAUUCUCUCACGUUGGAGUAGAUUUUUUCGGGCCGAUUGAAGUCAUUGCGGGUCGCAAAGUAGAAAAGCGUUGGGGUGUCCUGAUGACGUGCCUUACGAUUCGGGCUCUUCAUAUCGAGGUCGCCAGUUCACUUAACACGAGUUCGUGUAUUAUGGCGUUGAAUAACUUCAUUGCUCGUCGAGGAACUCCUGUUUGCUUCUAUAGCGACAGAGGGACAAAUUUUGUUGGUGCUUCCAAAGAAUUGCGUGAGGCUGUCCGUGCUUUAGAUAAACACCAGCUGUCGAAGGAGUUCACUACAGCUUCGACGUCCUGGCGUUUCAAUCCGCCAGCUACCCCCCACAUGGGUGGCAGCUGGGAGAGACUUGUCCAAUCGGUAAAGCGAAAUCUGACGGAAAUCCUCAGAAGUAGACGGCCAACAGACGAGGAGCUGCGUAGUGCAUUGACCCUGAUUGAAGGCGUACUCAACAGUCGUCCCUUGACAGAGGUUCCCGUAGAUAACGAGUCCGAACCAGCGCUCACACCCAACCAUUUCUUAUUGGGUUCAUCGGAUGGUUCGAAGCCUUUCACACUGUGUGACGACAAUGUACAAACCGUGCGUCGUGGAUGGCAGGUUUCACAGGUUAUGGCGAACGCUUUCUGGAAACGCUGGUUGCGGAACUAUUUACCUGAAAUUACCAAGAGAUCAAAAUGGUUCAAAAAGGUAAAACCUAUUUCCGUAGGGGACAUAGUGGUAAUUGUGGAUCCUGAACAUCCACGAAAUUGCUGGCCGAAAGGCAAGGUAAUUGGUACCGUGGAGAAGGGAGGUCAGGUACGCAGAGCUACGGUCCAAACAUCAAGAGGAGUUUACGAACGCCCAGCCGUUAAAUUAGCCGUCCUCGAUAUCUGGAGCGAAAGUUCGUAG